AAUUGAUUGCCUGGUAAUCCCUUCCCCACCGCUGUGAAAACAAAAGAAAGAAAAAAAAAAAAACACGUGCACAGUGUGUCUUCAUUUAUCCAUCACGAAAGAUCCCCCCACACCCUUUCCAAGAUUUUGCAGAUAAGAAGGAAAUGGGAAAACCAAAAGCAGUGAUAGUUGGAGGUAGCAUAGCAGGUAUAUGUUGUGCACAUGCUCUCAUCAGAGCUGGUUGGGAUGUUGUGGUUCUUGAGAAGACUCCAGCACCUCCAAGUGGUAGCCCCACUGGUGCUGGUCUUGGACUUGACCCUUUGUCUCAGAAUAUCAUUCAGUCUUGGCUUCAACAACCACAACUCCUUCAACAAACAACCUUGCCUCUUACCCUCGAUCAAAACCAGGCAACAGAUGGAGAAACAAAAGUGAGCCGGACAUUGGCAAGGGAUGAACAUUUCAACUUCCGAGCAGCUUAUUGGGCUGAUCUCCAUCGCCUUUUGUACGGUGCACUACCAGUAGAUAUUGUUUUAUGGGGUUAUUUGUUCCUCUCCUUUUCCAUGUACGAUGAUAAAUCAAAAGUGAAAGUCGAGACUAAAGUUCUUGAAACGGGUAUUACUAUUGACAUUGUUGCUGAUUUGCUUAUUGCUGCUGAUGGUUGCCUGUCUUCAAUCAGACAAAGUUUCCUUCCCGACCUCAAACUGAGAUAUUCAGGUUACUGUGCGUGGAGAGGGGUUCUUGAUUUUUCCAAUGAGAAACACUCAGAAGCUAUUAUCAGCCUUAAGAAAUUGUAUCCAGAUCUUGGGAAAUGCCUGUACUUUGACCUGAGCUCUGGAACUCAUAGUGUAUUUUAUGAGUUAUUGAACCAUAGGUUCAAUUGGAUAUGGUACAUUAAUCAGCCCCAACCGAACCUCAAGGGGAAUUCUGUGACAAUGAAGGUUAGCGAAAACUUGAUUCAAAACAUGCAUGAAGAAGCUGAGAAGACUUGGGUUCCUGAAUUGGUCAGGGUAAUUAAAGAAAUUAAGGAGCCUUUCCUAAAUGUGAUAUAUGAUUGUGAUCCUUUAGAGCAGAUUUUCUGGGACAAAGUGGUGUUGAUUGGAGAUGCAGCUCAUCCUACUACUCCUCAUGGUUUGAGAAGUACAAACAUGUCGAUAUUAGAUGCAGCUGUUUUAGGCAAAUGCCUAGAGAAGUGGAAAGUGGAAAAUCUGAACUCUGCACUUGAAGAGUAUCAGUCCAUCAGGCUGCCAGUUACUGUGAAGCAGGUUCUAUAUUCAAGGAGAUUAGGCCGCAUUAAACAGGGUUUAUCACUUUCAGAUCGCCUGUCUUUUGAUCCAAAAACUGCAAGUCCAGAAGAUUGUGAAGAGCUUCAGCAGAAAAACAUGCCUUAUUUCGAUGAUAUUCCUUCCAUAUUGAAGUAAUUUCACUGGUGGUCUGGUGAUUAGAGCAUUGGUGGCUGCAUGAUUAAGCCUCUAGCAUUUUGUAUAUUUGCUCAUUUUAGCUAUAAUUGUGUGUUACAGCAGGCAGAGUCAUUGUUGUUGUAUCUGUUGUAUCUGUUUACACGGCCUCAUGAAUGUAAUGAACUGCAAAGAAAGCUGAUACUUGAUAGUAAAUAAAAUUUUCUAUCAUUGCUUAAUACCAUGUUUUAAGAAAUAAUAAUGUACUCGCAGAGUUAUCGUCAAUUCAGUCAUUGCUUCUGUAAAAA